AUGUUAGGCCUAUUAAAACAUACAAUAGCAAGGUUAGAUAUAGUCGCCAUAGGACCAUGGGUCCGACUUCCGUCCGCCGACGAAGAGUCAGAGGAGGAAGCCUUCCUAGAGCACAAGCAAAUACACCAGCGAGCCAUUCGAGACAAUACGAUAUACAACUGGCCUUGGAUUCUCUCUACUGUUAUAUUUGCUUCCCUUGCCGCCAUUGCCUUUGCUCUGCAUCUUAUGUCGACGUCUGCACCGGCUUGCAAGCCAUGGCGGCGGACGAAUCUCGAGCCGGCUCGAAAAUGGAUAGGAGAGCACGAAGUCCGCUUUGGUGGAGCUCUAUCGUAUAAUGAAAGCGGGAAACUGGUUAUAGAGCCUGCCUCGGGAGGGAGAAGUGGAUUGGCAACCCGACACCGGAGAUGGAUGCGCUGUGGGAUCGAGUGGAAGCAGGUAGAAGCUGAUUUUAUGCGUCACUCGCACGAACAAUACUUACUUGUGCCAAGGUCCAUUGUCUUGCUCGAGGGCCCUGAGGCCGAUAUGGUGCGGGACAAAACGACGCUCUUCAAUGGGUAUUGGGUAACGGGGGUGGAUGUCGUUCAUCAAAUACAUUGUCUGGUGGACUGA